UAGGAAGACCUGCGGCUCCGCUGCGGCGGGAUCCUCCAGGAGAGACGCGCCGGUGCAUCCAGCACUGCAGCCGUGGAUCAGAUCCACCAGGACGGCCUCACACAUCGUGACACACCAGGCUCCACCGGCGGGUCGGUACCGGCUGACAGACACCAGACCCGGACCGUCGUGCACGGCGCUCGCCUCUCGGAGACGCGCCCCCGGGUUGGUUCCGUCCUACCGGAGGCAGCGGCGGCAGCAGCUCGGUGUCUGCUCGCUCAGAUGCACCAGAGCGCGUGAGAGGAGUCAGACAGACACACGGACCGUCUCCAGCUCCACCUGCACCGGGAUUUAUUCCCCUCACACACACCGGAGCUCCGAACGGAUCCUGAACCGGGACCAUCAGACAGACGGAGCUGCUGCUGCUGAACUGAACUGUGGACUGUGAGUGUCGCUGUGACUGGAUGAACCCGUCUGACCACCUGUCCACUGAUCCAUCAUCCCUCCAUCGCUGCAGCUGUCAGAGGAAGGAUCUGAUGAGAGAGGAGAGAAGAGACGACCUGCGAUGGCCGGCGCAGCUGACGGUGUAGGCAGUCUGGGUGCAGAGCAGAAUCACCUGAGUGUCCCCGUCGCAGAUCAUGGAGCCUGGGCCACGGCCAUGAACAACAUGGGCAUCAUGCCUGUGGGCAUCAGCGGGCAGCAGCUGGUCUCAGACUCUCUGUGCAUCCAGAGGUUCGACCCCGGGUUGGGACUCAUCGGUCCCAUAAACCCCCUGAUGGCGGGCAUCAGCCUGGUCCCGCCCCCGCCCGUACCCCCCGACAUGCCGCUCAUCAAGGAGAUCAUCCACUGCAAGAGCUGCACUCUGUUCCCGCAGAACCCCAACCUGCCCCCUCCGUCGACUCGGGAGCGGCCCCCCGGCUGUAAGACAGUGUUUGUUGGCGGUCUGCCGGAGAACGCCACAGAGGAGAUCAUCAGGGAGGUGUUCGACCAGUGUGGUGACAUCAUCGCCAUCCGCAAGAGCAAGAAGAACUUCUGCCACAUCCGCUUCAGUGAGGAGUUCAUGGUGGACAAAGCUCUCUACCUGUCAGGGUACAGGAUGCGUAUCGGCUCCAGCACUGAUAAAAAGGACUCGGGGAGGAUCCAUGUAGACUUUGCCCAGGCCAGAGAUGACCUGUAUGAAUGGGAGUGUAAACAGCGCCUACUGGCACGAGAGGAACGCCAUCGCCGCAAAAUCCACGAAGACCGACUGCGACCACCGUCUCCUCCUCCCAUAGUGCACUUCUCUGAACACGAGGCGGCCAUGUUGGCAGAGAGACUGAAAGAUGACAAUAAGUUCAGCGAGGCCACGGCGGUGCUGUUCACCUGGAUCGACCGUGGCGAGGUCAACCGACGGACCGCCAAUAACUUCUACUCCAUGAUCCAGUCGGCCAACAGCCACGUCCGGCGGCUGAUGAGUGAGAAAGCUCAGCACGAGGAGGAGAUGGAGCGCGCCAAGGAGAUCUUCAAGAACGCCCUGCUGGCCAUCUUAACCCAGUUCGAGCAGAUCACCGCCGUUUUCACCGCCGCCACCAGGCAAAAGGCAUGGGACCAUUUCUCAAAAGCACAGCGCAAGAACAUAGACAUUUGGCGCAAGCAGUGUGAGGAGCUGAGAAACGCCCACAGUGAAGAGAUCAUGGGCAUCAGACGGGAGGAGGAGAUGGAGAUGUCAGACGACGACUCGGAUGAAAAUCCCUGUAAGAGGAUGCGCACGGAGGAGAACGGAGUGUGUGAUCAGACUCAGGCGUCUCUGAAGGAGGAGAACGACUCUCUGCGAUGGCAGCUGGACGCCUACAGGAACGAGGUGGAGCUGCUGAGGAAGGAGCAGAGUAGAACCAGCCGACCAGACGACGAUCACACGCAGACACACCCACACAGCGCAGAAACUCAGAUCCAGCUGCUGCAGCAGAACAUGCACAACAUGCAACAGCAACUGCUGAGCCUGCAGGAGAAGCUGAAGAGUAAAGAAGUGGAGCUGGAGCAGGCGAGAGAGGAGCACCGCUACCUGGAGGGGGAGGUGCUCGCCCUGAGAGACAAGCUGCUGAACGGGAACGUGGAGGCUGUGGAGGGAACCAACGGAGAGCUCCAUGAAAAGGUGAUGAACGGGUGUGUUCCUUCAGUGUACCUGAGCAGAGAGCGGAGGAGCGAGGUCAUCAUGAGAGGAGGAGUGGCCUCAGAGAAGGAGGCUCUGCUGCUGGGCAUUAUAUCGACCUUCCUCCACGUCCAUCCAUUUGGAGCCAACCUGGAGUAUCUGUGGUCGUACAUACAGAGACUGGACUCAAAGGUGUCUGCAGGGGACCUGGAGCGUCUCAUGGUCCGUCUCCCCAGCAUGUUCAAGCAGGAGCUGAGCGGCGUCGGGGCGACUCUAGAGAAACGAUGGAAGUUCUGCGGUUUCGACAGCCUCGGCUCGGCGUGACGCAGGGAGAACGCACACACACACACUGAGAACACACACUGAUGUGUACAGACACACUGAAUCUGCGUGUGUGUGUGCGCGUUCGUCCACGCUGGAUAUACACCGCAGUGUGUGGAGGAGACAGACAUUCACACAGUUCCCCUCUGGAGUCACUGCAGAUAUUCAUCACAGUGAACUGAAACAGGACACUCGGACCUGAAGACGUACUUCCGUCAGCGUCUUCGCUCUGAUAAUGUUGACGGGGUCUCUGAACCUUAAUCAUGUCCCCGGUUGUCUUGUUGUGGGACACCUGGAGCAUAAAACCUAAACAGACAGAAAGAAAGAAAAGUUAUACCAAAGUUGAUCCUUUACACGUUUGGUUAAAACCAAACUUUGUUACUUUUAUCAACAAAAUAAGAGCAUUCAUUGACCCCUUUGUCCAGAUAUCAGCUCUUUAAUAUCUUGUGGCGUGACGGGACCACAGACAAUGUCCUCCCUCUUUGUGACACUCCAGGGUUUGUUUGGAAAUGUAGCAGAAAAAUCUCAACCCAAUUUCAGAAGUUUACACACCAACUGUUAAAAUCUGUCACCUGACAAACAGAAACUUCUCUGUUGAGUCUGAUCUGGGUUAAAGCCACCAUGGACCUUUAAGGGAGCUUUCAGCCCUAGAGUCGUCUCCUCUGGUCUGAAUCAGGGACUCAUGUUGUUCCAAAGUUGUAUAAUUGCCUAGAGUUGGUUGGUGUUCUCACGGCAGCAUUUACAAGAGGACCAGAUCAAAUGCCUUGUGUCUCACACUGCUCUUGAUUGGUCAGAAUUUCCAUGUGGGAAAAAUCCAGGAAGUAAAGCAAACGUUGAAGAAGAGUACACUUGCAAGAUAAAUGUGACACUUUCUAAUGUCACAAUGGAGGGACAACUACGCAGGUUGAUUUUAGCGCUGCUCAUCGUGGACUAUAUUGCUGUCAUUGUUCAUUUUAGUCAAAGCAUACAGUUUGAAAACGAGGCGCGGCUCCAACUAGAAAACAAUGUUUUGAUGCAUUGGAUGUGCUGAAUGUGCAUAUUAAGGCAGUACAGGAGGAGGUGCACAUUAAUAAUCCUCCAGGACUGUAACAUGCUCAUGUUUAACCCAAACAAUGUGUCAUGUGACUGCAGCUGGUUCAGAUCCAGGUCGGAACACCUUCUCACCACAAACCAACCACACCAGAGUUCCUUUGGAACCGGACUGAGACCACCUCUUCAAGAAGGUCUCGGUCUGGUUGUUUUGGUGCACACCUGAGUGUGAUUGCUGUGUUCACACCUGCACAAACGAACCGCACUGAGGAGGCAAACGACUUGAGUUUGACUGAGCUGAACCAAACAGUCCUGGUGUGGAAACACCCUAAAACAAACCUGAACGCUGCAGAGGAUCAUGACCUUUGAGAAUUCACGACGCCUGCAUUAAAUAUUACCAACAGGUUUCCUAAUGAUCAGCCAAGCUCUUUGUUGGCAGCACUGCCGCUUCCUAUUGGUCAAUUUAAACAAUUUGGGGACAUGCAUGUUUGAACAAACCCUCACUGAUUUAUGGCCAAAUGUUGCACAUCUUUAAAAUACAACGAAAACAAAAGUUUGAUUUGGUUGGUUCAGUGAUGAUGAUCCACAGAAAAAUCUGCCUACAAUUCAGGAGAUGUCAAAAAUGUGUUUUUCAAAGAAAUUAAAUGGCAGAAAAUCUAGUCAGGCGAACUUUGAUGGUUGUUGAUUUUUGAUCGUAGACCACAUUGAGCUGGACAUGUGUCAAAUUUAAACUCAAUGUGACGUACAGUGUGAUGUGCUCUGCAAAAUAGAUUUUUCAAAAACACAGAAUCUUUUCCUGAAAGACCUGUCUGAUGGUGGCAGAUGUAGAGUUGGUGUGUAAACACAACAUGAGACCAUAUUUAUUUUUUGAAGGCCGACACGUUCAAAGGGAAACAUCGGACCAACUAGAGGUGACAACUUUUUUUCUGGACAAAUCCUGUAUGAGGACGAUGGGAACAUGAGAGAGAAGAGUCAUGUUCUGUAAAGGAUAAUAUGAGAAGAGUGAAUUCAAUCAUUCCGCUUAAUUUAUUCAUUAUACUGUAAGAAGA